CAAACCGCUAUCUUUACCAAGACAUUUUGCGUGAUAGCUGCUACCUUGUUUCCCGGUUUGAUAGAGGCCCAUCGCAGACCGUGCUAGGCCAGCCAGUUGCAAGUCGCAAGGGAAUGAAUUGAUAUUAAAUCGUCGUGCUCAGCAUCUCUCCUGGCGCCAGCGUCCAGCACAAUAUGACGGCUGUGAGUCCGGCGGAGCGGGAGCAGAUGUGCUCUGUUCUUCGAGGCUUUGGGGCUGACCUGAAGCAACUAGACGAUAGCGCUGUGGACGCGCUGUGGAAGGCCGGCUAUCGCUCCGAAGACCUCCUGCAAAUUGCCACACACAAAGGCCUGAAAGACGCGGGGCUGCUGCCUGCCUACGUAGACUACGUGCUAUCGCUGAAAGGAGGCGGCAGCAGGAGCGCGCCAGAUGCGGGGCAACCGCGUGACCAGCAGGAAGACACCGGGAUGCAGCGGGUAGCUGCAUCCAGCAAGUUCACGGGGCGAGUUCCGUACGACAAGGUGGACCCCAAGACCAAACAGGUGUCCCGACUGCCAAGCUGCGUCAUCGUCAUCGCCCCCAAGUUUGCGGCAACUUUCGCACACCACCGCACGUGGUCGGAGGGACAAGACGUGGAGCUGGAGAUGUACUGCAGUGACGCCAACAGCAUGCGCGCUGUGCCGGCGAAGGUGUUCCGCAUCGACACGCGAGUUGACUUCGUCAUCCUCAAGUUCGUUGGCGAGGAGCUCCCGGCGCCAGCAGUUGCGGGUGGCCCUCAAGCCGGGACGGGGUUCUAUGGCCACGGCCUGUCCCUCGGGGGGAACACCGCCAACGUGUACCACGGCAUCGUCGCCCGACCUGCAGCGGGCAGUCGCGGGCAUGUCGCGCUGGACAAGCUCAGCACCAAAGGCGAUUCGGGUGGAGGCAUCUUCUCGGCGGCCACUGGGCAGCUGCUGGGGAUGAUGGUCGGCCGAGACCAGGAGCGCGAGAUUUCUUACAUGGUCCCGGCCGCAGUCCUGCUGGCGGCAACGGCGGAGGACAAUUUCGACCCGGACCCCCCGCCGUCCGGGGAGUGGAUGUGAGGCCUGCAUGCGCAAGCGCGCGGGGUGAUGCACCUCCGCUGGGGCCGCGGCUGGUGCCGCUGCUGGCUUGCCGCUGGCGCUGCUGCUUCACCGGCAGCGGUGCGCGGUCAUAGCUAACCAGACAUGCAUGGAGGUGGCAGAGCGGCCGACGUGGUCAGGAUUCAAGGCGUGCAGCGAGGCGCAGUGCACGGCCCUGCUACUGAUGGCCAUGCACCUCGCUAGUGCGGAGCAGGACCGCAGCUCCAACCAGCUGGUGGUCAGUGCGGCCGGACUGCUGCAGGCUGCAGGCGCUCGCUGCCCCGCCUGGCUGCAGCGGUUGCUGGCGGGCGGCUCUGGAUGGUGCGCAGCGGCUGGCUGGUCCGCAUUGUAUCUGAGGCUGUUGUGUUCGUGACGUCCGCAUCCACCAUGGCUGCGCACGUUCUGAUAGAUGCUGUCUGUGCUGCUCACGGCUGUCAAGCUACUGUCGCUGUUCUUCUGGACGGCAAGAGUCCAAUUCUGUGGAGUUAUGUAUGGUGUUAUGUAUAGUGGAUUGGGUGGGGGGGGCACGCACGGGGGCUUGCCGUGUUUCUUAAGGAGGAGUGAUACAAGCUCACCCCACCGUGCUCAGCUCAUAAGACCCCACCCCGGUUCCCUAGUGCGGGGGCCGCCACGGGCGGCCCCCUGUCCCCCGUGGCCGGGGCGCCGGUUUGUGAUGCCCAUUUCCCGCUCCAGUUUGUAGUAGAGGGACGUGGUACUUCGCAGGGCAAUGACGCUGUGCAUGUGCAGACGUGUACAGCAUGACUUCGCCGCGUGGGGUGUGGCCCCGAGGGUGGUGAGUAGGUCGCUCAGUGGUUUUGGGAUGGUGCCUCCAUGACCUAGGGUGACAAUGUGUUGUGCAUCGUAAUGGACGGUCCAUCCGUCCCUGCGCAUGGCGGCCGCAAGCUGCGCGUGUUGGGCCUGUUUUUGAAUAACCUUCUUGCUGUGGUGGAGGUCAGAGGCGUAUCCAACCUCAAUGAUGUACACGGGGUAGUCAGGCUUGUUGAUUUGUGGUGUAGCGCUGAAGCCUUCUGCCGUAGUUCGUGGCAGGUUAGGGAUGAACUAAAUAUCAGGUCGCAUCUUGUUGAGCUCGGCGGGGCUCACUUGUGGGCAGAGCCAGGAGGGGGGGCGCAUGCCGGCACAGUAGUCAGGGAGGUCGGCCCGCCGGGUCGCAUCCAUGACCAUGUAACCUCCCCCGUUG